AUGAACGCAACAUCUAAACAACUACUGCAGCGACUACCUCGAAUGAACGUAGCUGCUUAUUCUGAGCUUAUCGACUCAUUGUCAGCUCCUGAUUUGGAACUACAGAGUUGGAAAGAUGUGGAGCAAAAUAUCGGAAACUCUUCAUGCAUGAACCACUUAAAAACGCAAAUGGACGAAGCAUGUAGGCAGUUAGGGGAAAGCACCAUGGUAUCCGUGGACUUCGCCAAUUGCAAGAUGGGAUGCCAGAAUGCGACGGCAGCAUCCGUGAAACCUUACAAUAUGCCCAACGGCACAUCUUGUGGAUUUUAUGGCGAAAAAUGCCAAAAUGGAAAAUGCGUGGGCCAAUGUGAAAUGGAGUCCGAAGAAUCUCUCGAAUCGCCCGAAAAAGAUGUCUGA